GAAUUGGGUUAAGCUAGCUAGCUGUUUCUGGGUUUCAGCUUAAUGGAGCUGAUUGACUUGCCUCUCUCAAGUAGUCUUCCACCCACCUAACUGAGCAAAGCGACGUCGCAGCGAGAAGAGAGAGAGAGAGAGAGAGAGAGAGAGAGAGAGAGGGAGAGUCUAUUAAUAAGGCCGAAUCUUGUUACUUCUGGUCGCCACCCAGCAAGCAGCUCAAGUACUGGUAACAGUUUGGAGAUUACCAAAGGGAAAAGGGAUUGAGAUUGAAGUCUGAAGAGAGCUAGAUAGAGAGAUGGCGACAUGGAUUCGGUUUUUGGCGGUGGUGGCGCUGCUGGCUUGUCUUUUUCCGGCGAUGAUAGAGUGCCGGAUUCGUCAUUACAAGUUCAACGUGGUUUUGAAGAAUGCCACGAGGUUAUGCUCAACGAAGCCCAUAGUGACUGUAAACGGGCAUUUUCCAGGCCCAACACUCUACGCAAGGGAGGACGACACCGUGCUUGUCAAGGUUGUCAACCAUGUCAAGUACAAUGUCAGCAUCCACUGGCACGGGAUAAGGCAAUUGCGAACUGGGUGGGCUGAUGGACCAGCCUACAUUACACAAUGCCCUAUUCAGCCCGGUCAAAGUUAUGUUUAUAACUUUACCAUCACCGGCCAGAGAGGCACUCUGUGGUGGCACGCCCACAUCCUUUGGCUUAGAGCCACUGUCCACGGCGCAAUUGUCAUCUUGCCGAAACUCGGCGUCCCUUACCCCUUCCCUUCUCCUCACGAGGAAGUCGUCUUCAUAUUGGGCGAAUGGUGGAAAUCUGAUGUGGAAGCUGUGAUAAACGAAGCCAUCAAGUCGGGGUUGGCCCCGAAUGUUUCCGAUGCUCACACCAUCAAUGGCCAUCCGGGGCCUGUUUCCGGCUGCCUAUCACAAGGAGGAUUCAAUCUACAGGUUGAAGCCAAGAAGACAUACAUGCUGAGACUCAUCAACGCGGCGCUGAACGAAGAACUGUUCUUCAAGAUCGCCGGCCACAAGCUCACGGUGGUGGAGGUCGACGCCACUUACGUCAAACCCUUCAAAACCGACACCGUUCUUAUAGCCCCCGGCCAGACCACAAACAUUCUGUUAACCGCCGACGCUAGAACCGGCAAGUACCUCGUUGCGGCCUCCCCGUUCAUGGACUCCCCCAUCGCCGUCGAUAACGUCACCGCCACCGCCACCUUGCAUUACUCCGGCAGCGUCUCCAACGUCGCCACCAAGCUCACCACCCCGCCACCGAUAAACGCCACCAAGGUGGCCACCAACUUCGUGAACUCCCUCCGGAGCCUGAACUCGAAGCAGUAUCAGGCGAACGUGCCAUUGACCGUCGACCGCAACCUGCUUUUCACCGUCGGGAUCGGAGUCAAUCCUUGCUCGACCUGCGUCAACGGAAGCCGGGUGGUGGCGGACAUAAACAACGUCUCGUUCGUGAUGCCGACGAUCUCUCUCCUCCAGGCGCAUUUCUUCAAUAUCAGCGGAGUCUUCACAGACGACUUCCCCGGAAACCCGCUGAAUCCGUACAACUACACAGGAGUCCAGCCGGCCAAUUUGAGGACGAUGACGGGGACGAGGCUGUACAGGCUUGCGUACAACUCUACGGUUCAACUGGUCUUGCAGGAUACGGGGAUGAUCACCCCGGAAAACCAUCCGCUCCAUUUGCAUGGAUACAAUUUCUUCGUUGUUGGAAUGGGAAAGGGAAAUUUCAAUCCCAAGAAGGACCCGAAGAGUUUCAAUCUCGUCGAUCCCGUUGAGAGGAACACCAUUGGUGUUCCAUCUGGUGGUUGGGUCGCCUUCCGGUUCAGAGCUGAUAAUCCAGGGGUGUGGUUCAUGCAUUGCCAUUUGGAAAUCCACACAACGUGGGGUCUGAAAAUGGCGUUCGUCGUCGAUAACGGACACGGCCCCGGCGAGUCGCUUCUGCCGCCGCCGAGCGACCUGCCCGAGUGUUGAAGACUGUGGGCACGCAAAUACUCUCCCAUGUAAUUCCCUCGUGCCGUUAACGUUGUUGGUGCUGAAGAAGGACGUGACUUUGGCAUCCAAUCAGAGGAAGAGAAAAGAAGGGAACAGAGUGAAAUUCAGCAGUUGUUUUGGGCAGGCGAAUUGAGCUGCUCCCGGUUGAAUAAAGCACACCCUAAAAUCUCAUUGGUUUAGAGUUUUUUUUUUUUUUCCUUUUCUCAUGGAUAUACGCUUUGGGUGUAUUUGCUUCCUUUUUUCUUUUUUUUUUUGGCUAUUUAAUGAACAGUGGCUUCUCAAUGAAAAGUUCAAAACAAUUAAAAAAUUCUAUCCGGCCCAACACGUUUUGCAUU